AUGUCAAGUCACCAGCCAUCACCAUCGCCCGUCAGCACCGACCUGGCGCUUACAACAAGGCCGCGACUCCGCCAGAUGCUCACCUACGCCGACAACUUGCUGCGGACUCUGCAAAGUCAAGGAAUGGCCCCCGUGAUGCAGCACGCCCUAGAGUUGCACAGGCUCAUGCUCAAGUCGGCCCUCAAUGACGAACCACACGAUCCUCUCGACCUACUUGGCCUUCUCGACCUCAUCCACCGUGCCGAGCGCUUUGUCAAGAAAGAGUUGUCGCCUGCCAUGUUUCAUACAUGCUGGUCAAAGGUGCGCUUCAUGGUCGCCCCCAUCGCUGCCGUGCGCCGCGCCGUCAUGACAAACAGAUACAUAGACGUCCUACCGCGUGUGGUCAGUCACCUGGGCCUCGAGUAUCCGUUGGGACUCCUCCCGGAACACCACGAGGAUGCGAUCCAAAUCUUCAGCACGCUCGCUGCGAGAAACCCACAAGCGAGUGCCCACAUGAUCUUUUGGGUGUGCCAUAACAUGGGUUUGGAUCCGGCCUCCGUCCGUAACGAGGUCGACCACUUCACGAAGGGCCGGAUUCCGAAGACCAUCCCGGACAUUGCCGCCACUAUACUCGAUACAAAUGGUUGGGGCGCUGCGCAGGAAAACUUCAUCAUGGAUAUCCUGGCGCGCGACUUCCGCGAUCUAACGCUCGUCCACGACGGGGAGGACCCGGCUUGGGGCGCUAUCAUACCUGCCCUGCGCCAGACCAUCAUCGCCCUGGCCAGCGCCAUCUCCAACAUACGACACUACGAAACGGAUGCUGCAGAAUUCGACGUGCCGGAGUUGGUGCAGCACAUUACAGUGGUGGCCAUGGGGGAGGCGGAAAGGCGUUACAAGAAACUCUUUCACGCCGGCCGUCCGAUCCACGUUUCCCAGGCGCACAUGGCCAAAGCCAAGCAGUGGCGAUCUGAGGUUUGGAACCUCCUAGUCGAUGGGGAUAAAUGA